AUGGCACCUGCAACUGUUUUAUGUAUAGGUAUGGCUGGGUCUGGUAAGACCACUUUCAUGCAAAGAUUGAAUUCGCAUUUACACUCAAAAAAGACUCCACCAUAUGUGAUUAAUUUAGAUCCGGCAGUAUUGAAAGUUCCAUUUGGUGCAAAUAUAGAUAUAAGAGAUUCAGUUAAGUAUAAGAAAGUCAUGGAAGAAUAUAAUUUGGGUCCAAAUGGUGCUAUUGUGACAUCAUUGAACUUGUUUUCAACUAAGAUUGAUCAAGUUAUCAAAUUGGUUGAAAAAAGAUCAGAUAAGUUUGAGAAUGUCAUUAUCGAUACCCCUGGUCAAAUUGAAUGUUUCAUUUGGUCUGCAUCAGGAGCUAUAAUAACAGAAGCUUUCGCCUCCACCUUCCCAACAGUCAUUGCUUAUAUAGUUGAUACUCCAAGAAACUCUUCUCCAACAACGUUUAUUUCCAAUAUGUUAUAUGCGUGCUCCAUUCUAUAUAAGACCAAAUUACCAAUGAUUAUUGUAUUUAACAAAACUGAUGUCAAGAAAGCUGAUUUUGCUAAAGAGUGGAUGCAAGAUUUUGAAUCUUUCCAAUCGGCAUUAAGAGAAGAUCAAGAAUUAAACGGUGAAGAUGGUAUGUCUUCUGGUUAUAUGAGUUCGCUUGUAAAUUCAAUGUCUCUUAUGUUGGAAGAAUUUUAUUCAAACUUAGAUGUUGUUGGCUGUAGUGCUUUCAGUGGUGAAGGAUUUGACGAAUUUCUCGAUGCGGUUGAUAAUAAAGUUGAAGAAUAUAACGAAUAUUAUAAAGCUGAAAGAGAAAGAAUAUUAAAACAAAAAGAGGAAGAUGAAAAGAAAAGAAAAGCCAAAUCAUUAAAUUCUUUAAUGAAGGACUUGGACAUUAAAGAUCAAAAUAGAAAAUCAGGUCAAGAUUCUGAAGUUUUAUCUGAUUAUGAAGAAGAUGAGGAAGAAGAUGAAUAUCAAGGAGAAGUCUUGAGAGACGAAGAUGAAACUGAUCGUGAAUACACUUUCCCUGAAGAUCGUAAUUCAGAAGUAAGUGAAAAUACAGAUGCUGAUUUACAAGCUCGUUAUCAAGCUGCAUUUGAUGCUACUGCCAAAACAGCUUCUUCCAAAACAGCUGAAAACAUUGCUGAAUAUAUUAAACGUUAA